UGGAAAUCUGUUUCCGCAGCCGAAACCUGUUGCCAACUUAUCGAUAUAGCCAACAUUUUGCCUUGUAUAAAUUAUGAAAUUCAUGAUAUAUUCGGGUUUUUAAUUCGUAUGGACUUUUUAACGACUCUGCAUUAUAAAUUUACAUGCACAUAAACAGUCUACGAAAACAUAUUUUAAAGCAUUUUUAUCGAGAUAUAGAGUGAGUAGUUGUAAGAACCCACACUACUGUCAUAUCAUCAUGGAUGUGUCAUCGACGGAGUCGCAUAUACAGGGGUUUGCGACUUCAGUGUACCCAGAGGGGACGAACUUUCACGGCAUUGUAUACACCGGUUACAAUGACUUCCAUCAUCCAGCGAUUGAGUCUGGCCGACAACCAGACGUUAUGCCGCAGUACCCAUAUUUUGGAUAUUCAUCAGUACAACAGAACGAACUUGAGAAUGCCUCAUACUGGCCAGCUGGAGAUCUCGGUAUUCACUCCGGAGUACCAGCCUACCCAGUGACCUAUACCAACACAUCAGACUCUUCACAAGUGAUUGACUAUGCUAAUUCUUCUCCCGGGGGACAUCAUGUUAUUGGCAAAAACGGAAAACCGAAACGCAAAAGAGUCCAAUCGGUAUCUCAGCGUAGAGCUGCUAAUGUUCGAGAAAGAAAGCGGAUGUUUCAAUUAAACGAGUCUUUUGACGAAUUACGUAAGCGUCUUCCCGCGUUUAACUACGAGAAAAGACUCUCUCGAAUUGAAACAUUAAGAUUGGCUAUGACUUAUAUCACCUUUAUGAAAGGUGUCUCUGAAGGACAAGAUCCACAAACGAUUAAAUUAAGGCCCUGUAAAACGGAAGAAAGCGAGGCCUACAAUUCCAUGAAACGGGAACACACGUGUAGUAGUCCGUAUUAUAACAACGAAUCUAUAGAGAAGUGAAAGGAAGGUUUGUGAUAUUUAGAGCAAAAAAUGAAAACAAGUAAUAAAAAGAAUGGUUCAUGGUGAAUGAAAUGACUAGGUAUGUGAAAUUCUACCAACAAAUCAAAUCGGUCUUGAAGAGAUGGACUAAAGCAAAAUUAUAUUAUGCAGAUGUUCUUUACAACAUGGAUAUAUGUAUGGAACAGCGUGAAGAUAAGUGUAAGAUGCAAUUAUACAUAAAACAGAUGAAUACUACUUUCUGUGUGGGUAUACCUUGAUGUUCUUUAUUGCCGCUAGUGUAUUACUUAAGAAAUAAAGAUUGCGUUUUCGUGUGUGUUGCAGGAUAACCUCCGAGGUUAAGAAAUGCUGUUUUGAAAUACAAAAUCCGAGGCGAUUAUCCUACAUCAUCCACGAAAACAUUAGAACUUUAUUUCUAUUCGUUUACGUAUACAGCUACGUACGAAUUAAGACACCGUGACGUCAUGUAGUUUCCGAAACGGACUACGCGCACAUGUUUUUUGCUGACGACAAAGGUGAGGUUUCAAGUAUUUAACUUAAUAUUGUCGACGGAUUAUAUCAAAUGAUUUGAAUACAUAGUCCAAGAAAACUGUGCACAUGUACGUGGAAGAGGGUUAACGUUUCUGUGCAUCGCCACGUCUGUUUAAAUGUGUGUCGAUCUAGGAAUGCAGACGGUUAAUUUAUAUUGAAUGACAAAUGUUCUUCAAUCAUUUAUAAAUAUUUUUUUUUUUUUGCAUUUAUUGAUUAAUUUUCAUGAAUACAAAAUUGAAUUAUCAGUUAUCGACGUAUGCAUGUAUAUCGUAGAAUAAUGGUCAUGGCUUUCCUUUGAUCUUUGCAAUAACGGUGGUAGAAUUAACUAUUAUAAUGUAUGUGUGGAUUAAGUUACUAUAAAAUGUGUGAAUAAAUUUACUACUGGUAUGUAUUUAUAGAUAAAGUGACUAUAAUAUGUACAUAAUCAAUUGACCAAAAUGUGUAUCGAUAAAGUGACUUUAUUGUGUGUGUAAUGAAAUGACUACAAUGUGUAUGGAUAAAGUAAUUAUAUGUAUAAUGUGUGCAUGAAUUGACUAUAAUGUAUAUAUAUAUGAAUGAAUUGACUAUAAUGUGUAUAGAUGAAGUUAUAUACACAUAUAUAGUGAUUAAAAUAUGUUGUGUAUGAAUAAAUUCACUGUAAUAUGUAUUGAUAAAAUGACUAUAUUAUGUGUAUAAAUGAAUUGACUAUAUAGUGUAUGUAUGGAUAGAUUUACUAUAAAGUGUAUUGAUAAAGCGACUAAACUGUGUAAAAAUGAUUAUAAUUUGAUAAAAUGAAUAUCACGUGUGGAUGGAUUUAUUGACUCUGAUGGACGAAUGAACUAUAAUAAUGUGUGAAAAUGUGACUAUAAUACGUGCAUAAAUGUAUUGACUAUAAUGCGUAUAUAAAACAGACUAAUACGUGCAUUAAUGAAAUGACUAUAACUUAUGUAUGACAUAGAGUGAAUUGACUACUAGUAUAUAAUGUGUGAUUUGAAAUUCAGAAAUAAAAAAAUCAUUCAUGUCAUGGGUUAUGGGUUAGUGUUACAUGUACAUGAUGCCUGUACUUUGAUUAAAUAAAUUUGAAAUUUACAAUC